CAGGAACAGCCAAUUAGAACAACUUACUAGGUCAUUGGCAGCGUCCGAUUGGCUGAGGUUGCUGUAAUUCCUGUACUUUUCUACACCCGAGGAACUCGAUUAAUGAACCGCUGUGUAUAACGAAUAUUUUCCUUUUCGGAGCACGCUAUUAAAUGCAGUAGUACAUGGUGCAUUUUAUUCUCUGAGAUCGCAUCUUACUGGACACAAAAUUUAUUUUUUUAAUAACUCAAUUUCGUGCAAUUAAUAGAUUUGUUUUUUAACUUUCCUUCUUUCGUUUUUGAAGUGCGAUUGGUCGAUCCUCAUGUCAAAAGCUCUGUUUUAAUUCCCAGUGAAUUUCUAUAUUUAUUUCGUCCUCUAUGCUCUUUUCACACUUCGUGAUUCAAGCGUAGAUCGUUCUUUUGUUUACAUCAUUAUUUAAACUACGAGAUUAUGUUGAGAUGACAGAGAAACAUUUGCAGAUAAGCACCGAGCAAUUCAGAGUGGUGACAUUUCAUCAUGGAGAGUAUCAUGCAAUCUAUGCAAGAAUGUAAUGCUAUUCGUUACACAUCUUACAGAACUGCUGCAAAGAUGCAGAUAUUACAUAGGGAAUUGAACAUGACACACAUACAACUGGAAUUAAUAGCGGGAGUGUUUGAACGUCAUAGACUUUCCAUUACUGAAAAUUGUGUCAAUUUAGACCCAAGUGAAAUCGAGGAUGUUUUAUCUGACAUCUAUUUUGCGGCACAAAAAGAAAGUAACUUCAAUUUUGACGUAGAUCUUGUGACUAAGCUUGCCACAAAUUAUAUCUUGAAUACUUUUGACAAACAAAAUACUAGAAAUAUUUUAGUGUUCUCAGUAAAAGUUGCACUAGUGUUAUUGAGCAGUGGAAAAUUACAAGAAAAAUAUGGAUAUUUAUAUCAACAAUUGGCUGAUCACAAUGCAUGCUUAUCUCGAGCUGGUUUGCACACCUUAUUAACAAAUAUCUGCAAGAUAACAGAAAUGCUGGGAGAAAGUGUAGCAUAUGGAUAUGAACAAAUUCAAUCACACAUAGAUGCCUGCUUUGUAAAGUCUCAAGGUGGUCUUGGAGUUACGGAAGCAGAGUUCGCCGCGUGGAUCAUGCAAGAACCUCCAUUACUGGUCUGGAUAACGACAUUUAAUCGAAUAAAAUCAGCAGAACAAAUUAUACAUAACAUUAGAUGUUCCUCGUGUAAAAUAACACCGGUACAGGGACCAAGAUAUACAUGUUUGAAAUGCACAGGGUAUCAUCAGUGCCAGGAAUGUUUUCUCUUAGGGAAGACAUCGAACAAGCACAAAUUAAAGCAUCCAAUUCGCGAAUAUUGUGUGAAGACUUCGCAUCGUGAAAUUACAAAGCUGAUCCUUGAAUUGAUCAGAAAUAAACUGAGAUUGUGUCCUACCAGAACAGUCACGAUGGAGGAUUCGGUCGUAGACGCUGUCAGUAACGAGAUUAGACGAACGGAUUACGUUUCGUUAAGAAGCACGGUUAAACGAAAAAUUCUGACUGAUCCACAAAAGGAAUUACAAAGUAUCAUAAUGCACUUGGAAGAAGAAAAUCGACAACUGCAAAUAGAGUUGCUAGAUAUACAGGGCACCAAAGCAGAGAGGCUACAACGUCAUAGAGCAACCAUCGAAUCUCAACUGCAGCGAUUGAAAGUGCUUAAGAAAUACUUAUUCACCGAUACAGCCCAAAUCAAUCGUAUGCAAAGCACCCCGAUGCUGCCACCCUUAUCAUCCAGAAGAUUAACGGCCUUGCCUCUAGAAUUUGAGUUAAGUCCGAUUAUUAGACAAGACAAUACGAAUCAACAGCAAGAAUCCAAAUUGCAACAUAGAAAGGAUAAAUUAAUGUUGGAUAGUUUUAAUACAUCGUCACCUAUAGAGCAUACGGCAGAGGAGACUAAUGCCAAUGCUCUUCUUUGCACCGAGGUGGCCUCUACGAGUACUGGAUUCGCCAGUAAUUUACCAGACAGCAAUCGCAUAGAAUUAAGUACUUGGAUUGGCGGAACAAGAAGGAGAGAAUUGAGUCCAGCUAAUAGUGGUUUUUCUCAGUGGUUGACCGCUGGUAAUUCGAAUUGCAAAGAAGACAAUUAUACAGCCAACACGGCAAUUAGUAAUACAGAUAACGAUACAUCGCUAACAGCGUCUCAAUCUCCUACUGGCAUUCAUAGAGACAACACGCCGUCCUCGCUACAACGUCCUGACAAACACUCACAGCACAGUAGUUUGCAAAAUAUUCAAGGAGAUCUUAACGAUAUAUUAGACAGACUGCAAAAUAUGGUUGCCAAUGAUUGCUUUGACGAAUCGUACGAUGGUAAUGAUAACUGUAAAUUAAAACGUGCCACUACAGAGAUGGAAGAUCUAUUGACUGGCCUCAUUGAAGGUAUGGAAUCUCGUAAAAGUAAGCUUACUACUAUCGUCUGAAAAGGCUUCUUGAAUGUAAACUUAGACAUCGUAAAUUUAAAAAUUUUUAUAUUGCACUGACUGACCUUAUCUUCCUUUGCAAUUUUGCUAUAGUAAUCUCAAGUAUUUGUUUUUUUUUGCCCUUGGCUAGCGUAUAAAACGUGCCAUUUUAUUUAACAUUACGAAUUAUCCAAAGAAGGAGAUCAAUGCAUUAUCUAUUAAUCCUAAGUAAUAAUUGCAUUCGAUAUUACUCGCUGAUAAUGAAAUAGCUACAUUUCGCUAAUUGCGAAAUAAUUGCGAUUAUUAUACUUGAAAACGUAUCUCUCCAUACUUUUUAUAUGCGUAUUAUUGUAGUAUCUGUGCAAUCAUGAAAGAAAAUAUUUUAAAGAUUCUUAUUGACAACAUGUGAAAGAUGGAUAUAA